UUCCCAACCCUGUCUAAGAGACAUGGGAGGGACUAGCAGAGAGGAAAGAAAAGGGCAGCUGGUCGUCUCUGGGUGGAAUUGAUUAUGACCGGCUGACAGGCAAAGACCCUCAUAGUAGAUACUAGGGACAACAAAACCAAACGGAAAAACAGUCGUGUUGCUUUCCUCUGUGCCACCCCUUCCUCCCUCUCUCUCAUUCUCUCUUUCUUUUCCCCAUAUGCUCUCGUUGCUUUCGCAGAAGAGAGGAGACAAACAAGGACAAAGCCUUGAACUCAGACGCUGUGAUGGACACCAAGGCGGUGUUUGCGGCCCUGUACAGCGUGUGCGAAGAAAAUGCCACUUUCUUCUCAGGAGGAGGCAAAGGGGCGCAGGGUGAUGCGGCACGGAGGCUUGUCGAAACUAUGAAGCUGAUCCAGGAACACGCUCGCAGUCUGGAGCCUGUUGUCUCUGGCUUUGCUGCAGUGUACCAUCAUUUUGACUUUGACCCUCACAUACCUGCAAACGGCUAUCGCUCACUGGUCAAGUUGGUGCGCUGCUGCCUUCUUCACAUCAUCCAGAAGGGGCGCUACAUCACCGCAAACCGGCGCAGCAUCUUCUUUCGAGCGGCACACAAUGCGGGGGAGAUGGAGGCCUACUGCAGCGCUCUCUGCCAGCUGCGUGCCCUGCUCUACCUGGCUCAGCGCAUGCUUCAUGACAACAGCCAUGGCAACCUUUUUUUCCAAGAUGAAAGUGGCCUCAGUGAGAGCUUCGUCCGUGAAUACUCCUCCAUGCACAAAGGAUGCUUCUAUGGCCGUUGCCUUGGCUUCCAGUUCACUCCAGCCAUUCGGCCCUGUCUCCAGACCAUCGCUAUCGGGCUUGUUGCCUUUGGAGAAAACUACAAACGGCAUCAGUCAGGAAUAGGUGUAGCAGCCAGCUCUUUCUUUAAUUCAGGAAAGUAUGCCAUCGACCCGGAGCUAAGAGGUGCAGAAUUUGAACGCAUCACCCAGAACCUAGACGUCCAUUUCUGGAAGAGUUUCUGGAACAUCACUGAGACUGAAGUUCUGUCGAGUCUUGCCUCGAUGACAUCCACUACAGUCAAGGUGAACCGGGCUCUUUCUGUGCCCCCCAUGCCCUUUGACCUUCCCCUGGCGACCAAUCACAAUGCAUCUGUAACUAUAGCUCCACCGUCGGCGCAUAUCGGCAUGGCUCCCAUUCAAAUGAGGCUCAUCUCGUAUGACUUGCGUGAAGGACAGGACAGCGAGGCCCUGCUAUCUCUCUCCCGCUCUGAGGGGGGCUCCAUCUCCUUGUCAUUGGGACUGAAGAGCAAACGCCUUCCCCCAUCCCCCUGUCUCCUGAUCCACUUCCAUGGUGGAGGCUUUGUGGCCCAGACCUCCAAGUCCCAUGAGCCUUAUCUGAAGAGCUGGUCUCAGGACCUUGGUGUCCCCAUCUUGUCAGUGGACUACUCUUUGGCCCCUGAGGCCCCCUUCCCAAGGGCUCUGGAGGACUGUUUCUACGCCUACUGCUGGGCUCUGAAAAACCCCCACCUACUAGGUUGGACAGGAGAGAAAGUGUGUCUGGCCGGUGACAGUGCGGGAGGCAACCUGUCUGUGACGGUGACGAUGCGCGCUGCUGCCUUUGGUGUUAGAAUGCCAGAUGGCAUCGUGGCAGCCUACCCGGCGACCCUGCUGACCGCCUACGCGUCACCCUCUCGUCUGCUAACACUUAUGGAUCCCCUGCUGCCUCUCAGCGUGCUCUCUAAGUGUCUCAGCGCCUACGCAGGCAGCGCGCCGGAGACAGAGACACAGAUAGAGAAAGUGAGCACACUGAGCAUGGUGAAAAGAGACACGGCACUGCUGCUAAGAGAUUUCCGUCAGGGAGCCUCAAACUGGAUCCACUCUCUGCUGGAUUCAAACAGAGCCUCGGCCUCUCCCAGCACAGCUGCAGAGGCACCACCAGGAGCCACUGACACAGUGAGGAAGAGCAUUUCAGAGGCGUCCAUCUCUUCUCCUCAUGCUGACCCCCCCGUACCAUCAGAGACCUCAGAGUUCCCCACCAGGAAAUUAUCUGUCAAGAGCCAGACUUGCCAGGACUUGGGAUCCCACAACAAUUCCACUUCUCACAACUCACCACUGCUCUCUGAGCGAGCUCCAGAAGAUGUGAAUUUCUACCUCGCAAAGGAUGCAGAUCCAUGCAUUUCCAGAGACUUGUCUUCAGUGGCCAUACCGCCCCCUGCUGGAGAGGAGGGAUCGGAGCUGGAGCACCCUAGGGAGUUCCCCCUUGGGUUUGAGCCUCUCCGCUCAGCGCAGCUCGCUGAGAUGAGGGUGGAGAGCUCUCCAGUGGUCAAGGAUCCUUACUGUUCUCCUCUUCUGGCUCCUGACAGCAUGCUGAAAGGACUGCCUCCUGUGCAUAUAGUGGCUUGUGCUUUAGACCCCAUGCUGGAUGACUCUGUGAUGUUUGCCAAGCGAUUGAGGAGCAUAGACCAGCCUGUGACUCUGUGCGUGGUGGACGACCUCCCCCACGGCUUCCUCAGCCUAUCCCAGCUCUCCAGGGAGACGAGGGAGGCUGCCGACGUCUGUGCGGGGAGAAUUCGCGCCGUCUUCACCCAGACGGACUCGCCCAUGGAGCCGCGCAAGCACCGCAAGCUGGAACGGACCGAUAGGGGCAUGUCUGCCUCUACUGGGGACGACCAUUCUCUCUUUGUAUGCCCCAUUGAAGAAGUGGAGCUAACUGAAGGCAUAGGGGCUAAAAUCUCUGAUGGGGAGGGCCUUGUCACUGUGGAAGCCCAGAAUAACACUGAUGCUGAUGGCAUUGGUCCUUAAAUAAGGUUAGAUAAAAACAGGAGGACUGCAGUUCACCCGAGGAGAGGAGAAAGAGCAAAUGAAAGUCAGAUGAAUUUAGGCAGUGCAAUGCUUAAAAGAGGAAAAAGAUGGGACAGGGCAGUCCAGCAGAUUGCCCAGUUUUUAGAGACAACAGAAAAAAGGAGAGAAGUGAAAUACAACUCCCUCCGCUUUACAUUUCUUGCAACUUGUCUGCACCAUCAUGCACCGACGCAAAUCUGGCAGACAAAACGAACACGCCCACGGAAGACAGUCAUUUUUUCGAAUCAAAUGGUAAUUUAGCAGCUUCUUAGAUCAAAGACCUGUGCUCACCCACACAUGCGACACAGAUACUUUAACAGAGCUCCCGUUAGGCAGCAGACGAUCGGACUGGAAGCAAAACAGGAGAGUCUUGAGACGAGGUCUGAAUGGGUGAUUCAUCCAGGCCAAGGCAGUCAUUCGAGAUCCUAAUCAGAUAGCAAAUAGGCAUGCUGUAUGCUUCUGUACAGAGUCAUCCUAUCAAAAUGGCCCCUUGUCCUUAAGGGAACAUCUCUAAAUCAGACUAAUAACUCCACAUUGUGUUCUCUAUUAUGCCACUUUGGCAGUCAAUACAGCUCACUUUGUGAAAAGUAACUGUGUUGACUCUGCUUAAUGCAAUUACAGAGCGAAAACACAACCGACUAAAAUGCUCUAAACUGGAUGAAUUGCCCUGAGUAUUUCUUGGUAUUCUGUUGCAGUUUUUAAAUGAUCCAUGACUAAACCUAUGCAGAAGUUUUAAACUUUUUUAUUUUAUUUUUUUUUUUAAUACAUCCCUUUUCUCUUGCUGUAUUAUAAUCCUUGAAUCAUGACAGGGUUAUCUGUUGAUUUUCACUCUUAUGAUGUUUGUUUAAUGUAAUCGUAUGCUGUUUGUUUACUCCACAUUUUUGAAUAUUUACCUCUAUAUUUACCUCUGCUUCUUUGGCACAGCUGCUCUGACAUCGCAAACUUUUCAAUUGAAAUAAUUUUCUACUCUCAGCACUGCAUACUGACGAGAUAUAUUAAAUAUAACGCAGGGACAGAGUGACCUGUCGAGAUGCUGCCUGGUGCUUUUUGUAGUGCUGAUAUUAUCAAUGCCAACAUGACAUUUAAUUGAUUAUGAGUUGUGAAGAUGCACUGAGAUGUUUUUGAAGACACUCACUUAAGAACUACGUCCCAUCUUAACAAGCGAUUUUUCAGAUGUUUCUCUUUUAUUAUUUUAAGACUGGAAACUGCUGCUCAAGAUUUACUACUUUCUGACGUGAGUAAGAGAGAGCAAGUGGCAGCUAAAAGCCUGGCUCUCGCCUAUCAAUAGUCAUUUUAAACUCCACUGCACUGAUUUCCUCUCAGGAUGCGCCCCGUUCCUCACCAGGCAUUAUUGCUCACCACUUCUCUGCACAGCAUGCAGUGUGUCAGAAGUACCACUUCUCUUCACGCAGGGUAUCUCCCGCCUGACAAUCUGUUUUCUACAAAUCAAAGGCUUUUAGGCAAUUCUCCAGGACCCUCUGAAGGAAAAAAGAUUGUCGGAGUAUUGUGUAAAAGCCACUGAACUUGUGUUUUGGCCAAGUAAAAGUAGCUGGUAGUCCAGAUUUGUUUUGCUCCUCUCCAUCUUAUUUGGAGUGGGCUUUGUUUUUAAUAAACCUGAGGACACUCCUUGGAGCAAGUUGCCACUGAAGCACUUUCAGGUACACAAAAAUGCCCUUCAGAGGGUCAGUCCCUCUAUCAGGCCCAACUAAAUAUAGAUGCAAACAAUGCUGGCACUGUCACCGUCCUGCCCUUGCCUGGUAACAGGGCUGGGGUUGCCAGGUCUGUAGAGAGAGAUGCUGUGUGAUGAAUAGGAUUUAGCUGAAGCUGCGAUUGAAAAAUCCUCCCCACCCGUAGAAGAGCAGGAUUUUAAGCAGCAAAGUCAUGCUACAGGAUUAGACUAUGCUCAGUCCUGUCAGCUCGUAGUACUUACCGCAAUAUUUUUAGUCAGAUUGAUGGAAGAGAACCAGGACCGUGAAGAGAAAAUAAAGUAAUACACUCAUCCUCUGAGAUGCUGGGCUGAAGUUUUCUUCUUCCUUUACUAGCCGCUGUUUAUGCCCACUCUGCACUUUUGCAGUAGUUGAUCUGUCAUUCUGUGCAAGUGUGUUAUAAGCUUGACUUUUAUAUACGUGUUUAUUUUUUCUUUACUUUGUGCCUGCCUUCGUGUGACCAAAGUGCAGUCAGUGUGUGCUCAUUCACUUCAUCCAACUUGAAAACAUGAGUUUACACGACAGGGGCUCCUAUUUGUUUGUGUUGUGUGUUCACAUAAAGACAGGACUGGCACUUAACACUCAAGAGACUUUUCAUAGUAUUAAUCAUCUGUUGAUGUUUUUUUUUUUCUGAUAAACAUCGACUUUAUUUCACCUUCGUCCAUCUCCUGUGAAGCCAGCAGGGUUAGUUGGCAAUUAGCACUGUGUUGUAGAAAUGAUGUGAGCUGCCUGUAAAAAGAAAAAAAAGUGUCAAAAUUCAUCCCGUUGCUGUUUAUUGACCUCUGUACGCCUCGUUCCCUUGAUGACCACUCAUGCAUCGGGCCAACCUGGGUGCAGGUGAUGGACCGGAGAGCCCAUCUGGUGUUCUGGAGAGAUUUAAUAGUCAGUGUUACCCCUUUAAUAUUCUCAAUUCCUGGCAUUAUUGUGGAUCCACUGAUGUUUAUAUGCUGCCUGCAACUUAAAGCUGGAAUGUUUGUUUUAGUGUUGUUUCAAUUUAAUGUUUUUGCGUCAUAUAGUCUCACUGUUGAUGAUCCACAGACCCAAUUUUAGAACCACAGAAUGCCCUCGAGAGUACAAACCAGUUGUUUCAGUGUAAUGCUAUUUUCUUGUUGUAUUGGUAGUUUAAUUAUCAGGGCGUACAGCAUACCUCCAUAGUUUCUAUAGCUUUCCUUACUUGAGAUUUUCUUUGCCCAAGGCUGGCUUUUUUUGUAUGUGCAAUGCUAAAAAGUGCAACGCUGCUACAAGUAUGAGCUGGCUUGUAAUACUAUUUAGGUCCUAGAUAAAGCUAUGCAGUUACACUCCAGCAUCACAUCAUUUUUCUUUGCACACUUUCUCUUUCCAGUCAAACAUACUGUUGUUUUACUCAACUCAAGGCUGUAGACUUAAUAAUUACUGAACCUGGAGAUGUAACUCUCUCUUUUUUUUCCUCAUGCAUCAAUGCAAUAGACUGACCUCACCCACUUUUCAGAAAUAUAUCCUGAUAAAAAAAAUACUGUUUUUUUUUCUCUUUGUUUGAUAUUCUACAUCUGGUCAAAAUGUCAAAAACCACCAAAGUCUGCAGCCAGAUUUUCUGCACUUGCCAUUUAGUGUUUGCUCUUGAAAGUUAUCCUGAAAAUGCAGGUGCUGUCUCCAUAUGCAAAUUGCUCUUUACUGUAAAAUGCAUUUCUGGUGUAGAAUAUAAAGCCUUUAAAAAAAAAAAAAAACAAGCCAUAGACUGGAAACGCAGCAUUUUGAAGUUUACUUUUUUAUGUUUAAAGUUUUCUUUCAUUCAGAACACCAGAAGUGCAAACCUGUGAAUAAAAAAAGAAUGUAUAUUCAACAUUGUAGAUAUUUAUACCUUAAGAUUUGUUAAUCAGAUUGAUUGCACAUUGAUUGAUUUGACUGCAUUUUCUUUGCAGGUCUCAUACUACAAUGUUGUGUAGGCUGGUUUCUUCCAUUGUUGAUUUUUAUCUAAAUAAAUAUAUUAUCCCAAGAAAGCAA